UCGCCGUCCGCCUCUUGGGCUUUGACGGUGUCACUGGGAUCCGAACACUGAGUCAGGGAGAGAAGGAGAGGGCCAGUGGCAGCCAGAAUUGCCCCUUUAAGAUCCGGGCUGUGUUCCCGCCUCAUCACCGGCUAUGCCAGGGUUCUGGCUUCCAGUCGUCGCGGAGGGAGAAGUAUGGCAACGUGUUCAAGACGCACUUGCUAGGGCGGCCGCUAAUCCGCGUGACGGGCGCGGAGAACGUGCGCAAGAUCCUCAUGGGCGAGCAUCACCUCGUGAGCACGGAAUGGCCACGUAGCACACGCAUGCUGCUGGGCCCGAACACGGUGGCCAACUCCAUCGGUGAUAUCCACCGCAACAAGCGCAAGGUCUUCUCCAAGAUCUUCAGCCAUGAGGCCCUGGAGAGCUACCUGCCCAAGAUCCAGCUGGUGAUCCAGGACACGCUGCGUGCUUGGAGCAGCCACCCUGAGGCCAUCAAUGUGUACCAGGAGGCACAGAAGCUCACCUUCCGCAUGGCCAUCCGUGUGCUGCUGGGCUUCAGCAUCCCCGAGGAGGACCUCGGGCACCUCUUCGAGGUCUACCAGCAGUUUGUGGAGAACGUCUUCUCCCUGCCUGUUGACUUGCCCUUUAGCGGCUACCGGCGGGGCAUUCAGGCACGGCAGAUCCUACAGAAGGGCCUGGAAAAGGCGAUCCGGGAGAAGCUGCAGUGCACGCAGGGCAAGGACUACUCGGACGCACUGGACAUCCUUAUUGAGAGUAGCAAGGAGCAUGGGAAGGAGAUGACCAUGCAGGAGCUGAAGGACGGGACCCUGGAGCUCAUCUUCGCCGCCUACGCCACCACCGCCAGCGCCAGCACCUCGCUCAUCAUGCAGCUGCUGAAGCACCCGGCCGUGCUGGAGAAGCUGCGGGAGGAGCUGCGGGCCCAGGGCAUCCUGCACAGAGGCGGCUGCCCCUGCGAGGGCACGCUGCGCCUCGACACGCUCAGCGGGCUGCACUACCUGGACUGCGUCAUCAAGGAGGUCAUGCGCCUGUUCACGCCCGUUUCCGGCGGCUACCGCACUGUGCUGCAGACCUUCGAGCUCGACGGUUUCCAGAUCCCCAAAGGCUGGAGUGUCAUGUACAGCAUCCGGGACACGCAUGACACGGCGCCCGUGUUCAAGGAUGUGAACGUCUUCGACCCCGACCGCUUCGGUCAGGCACGGAGCGAGGACAAGGACGGCCGCUUCCAUUACCUCCCUUUCGGCGGCGGUGUCCGGACCUGCCUGGGCAAACACCUGGCCAAGCUCUUCCUGAAGGUGCUGGCCGUGGAGCUGGCCAGCACCAGCCGCUUCGAGCUGGCCACCCGGACCUUCCCCCGCAUCACCUUGGUCCCUGUCCUGCACCCUGUGGACGGCCUCAGCGUCAAGUUCUUUGGCCUGGACUCCAACCAGAACAAGAUCCUGCCAGAGACGGAGGCCAUGCUGAGCGCCACGGUCUAAGGCGCCAGGCCCUAGAGGGGUGGGCGGCGAUGGGAGGGUAGAAACCUGUGUGUGGGCGGGGGCUGGAGCCCGGGGAAGAGGGAGGGCCCCCCCAGACCUUGCCCUCCCCUGCCCCUCUCCCCAGCAAGCCCCACCCCAAGUCGAAAGGGCCCCGUCCUUGCAGGGCGGGGCCCUUCCCCAGCCCUGCUUCUCUCCAGUCUCUCCAGUUCCCACCAGCUUGGCUCCCGGGAAAGGGCGUGGCCCCGGCCCUGCGUGCCCGGCACAGUGUUAAAUGUCGGUGGGCUGUGCUGCAGCUUUUGCUUGUGAUGUUCUGCCCUGAUCUCUCCCCUCCCUCUUCUUUUGGACUCUUUUAGUUUGAGGUCAGGUGGUUGACAUGGGGGAGGAAGGAAAAGAGGUGCUCCCUUUGGCCCUCUCUUCAGCACCCCCUCCCCUCUGCCUGGGCUUAGACAGGCCGAGUGCCCCUCUGGGUGUGGCCACUGGCACCCGCAGGAACAGCAUCUUGGGUAAUAGAACGACAGUCACCCUUGUCAGGCUGGGCUGUCACCAGCCUGGAGGCCCUGCCCCUUGCCAUUUUGGACAUUUGAAAUUACCUAUUGCUGCUACUUUUUCUCUCUUCUGACCUUGGGGCAAAGGAGCCCCACGCCCUGUCCUCCCAGCAUCCUCUCUGGUGGCCCUGGGCACGCGCACUGACAUCCCCACCUUCCCACCAGGUGGCCUGGAGCCCACCCUGCUCCCUGUUACACACACACCCAAGGCCCUCGGCUCAUGGGCUGCCCCCCAACACUGUCCCUAUUUAUUCACUGAUACCACCUGGGACUGGAACUAGCGUGUCCUCUGUCCCCUGGCCUCCAUCCCAGCUGUCCCCGGCAGGACUUCUGCAAGCUACACAGCCCCCCAGGCCUAGGGUCGAGCAGCACCCUAGUCGCCAGACCUUCUGUGGGUUCAACCUCAGAGCCUCACUCCCGGGGUGAAGUCCAGCGCCUCUGCCUCUGUCCCCUGCUGGAGAUGGGGAAGCAGCCCCCUGCCUCCCUCCCGGCUCCGUCUGAGACCUUGAUCACAGCGGGGUUCGGAGGCUGCCACCGUCUCCCACUCGGUCACUCUUCACCCCGGUGCCCCCUACUCUGGCUAGUGAGUAUGGGGAAGAAUACGGGUUCUUUCUUCUGAUGGGGAGCCAGGCCUCUGUCAUCCCCCACUCAACCCUCUCCCUUUGCCCGUUGUCCUUUGUCCUUGGAAAGGUGUCCCUGAAGUCCCUCCCCACCUCUGUGCCACUGUCUGCUUAGCCCAGCUCAGGGGGGUGGGGACUGGAAGAAGGCAAGGGGAGGUGUGUGCAGAAGCAGCCCUUCCUCACAGCUGGCCCGGGGUCUGCGCAGGGCCUGAGGCAGCUGUGAGGGGCGCUGCAGGGAGAGCUGACGAGGAGGGUAUGUGAUUUGUGAGAACUGGCCGGUCAGGGGAUGAGAGAGGAGUAGCUCCUGCCGCUGGCCUUUGGAGUGUUGGGAACAAGACAUGCCUCCCAGGGAUGUUUUGGGGCCUUUGGUGAGUCUCGGAGUAAUUUUGUCUGUUUUCAGAUUUUUUUUUGCUUUUCGUGUUUCUCUCUUGGCUUUUGAUGUUAUGAAAAAGCGAUGAUUUGUCUUUAUGAGAAAAUCGAAAACACACAGAAGAGGAACGCAGGACACUGAUCCCCCUAAUUACCCCUCCUCCGUAUCAGUAAGCACUGCGAGCAGCUCCGUGGCCCCCAGACGGGGUUCGGCGGGCAGGUGGCGCAUCCCCCUCCUGCCCCAUUUCCACCUGCCUGGUGGUGGGCUCCGCAGGAAUGGCUCGUGCCCCACGGACUGCUCUGUAACCCCAUGCGCAAGCUUUUCACUCAUUCCUACCUUUUCACUGUUAAAAACACCAGUGCAGCACAGAUAUUAUCAGCAAAAGUUGACAUUAAAAAAGUUAGUGAUAUCUCUGUCUCGCCACAUUCUGAAAAACAGGCAAAAAGUGUGUAAAGACUCAUCAAAGUUUGCAAAAUAGCUGUAUGGUGCAGCAGAAUUUGUUACCUACAGAAAGCCCCGUGUCUGGAGGGCCGUGCCCCUCUCAGCUGACCCAGCCCCAGACAAUUGUUGACUGAAUAUCUGAGAGUAAGUGCGUGCAGCUUCAGACAGGAAGCCCGCCGGGCCUGGCCCGGCUGAGGGGCGGGGAGGCUGGAGGGCCGCGGGGGGGCCUCAGUGGCCUUCGCUUUGGGUGACCAGCCUGGGAGGGGCCGAGAAGGCGAGGCUGAGGGCAUCCCCGUGACGGAGGGAAAGAGGGAUCGUUUGCCCCGCUGGGUCUCAAAGGCAAUAAGAAGAGAACAGAAGAAAGCUCUUGACUGGCUGACAGGAGGGUUCCAGUGUCGAAAUUCACCCGUCUCCGUAGGUCCAUCCGUGUCUGCAUCUGUGUAUAGGUUCUCUAGAGGUAGCAUUAGAUGAGCAGUGUUUUCUCACUUAGCAUUCCUAACUAUUGUAACUUGACGUUAAAGAGACAAAACCCCACACAACUCUUUCUGCCACGGGCUUGCAGAUUGAAGCACUUUCGAUGUUGGGCGCUGGCAUAUGUGUUCUGGGCACCAUCGUGACCCUGCCCAGAUCGCUAUAAUGUUAUUUUAUACACAAAACUUUUUUUUUUCAUAAAUGUUAUAAUUUUGUGUCUGUCUUUAUAAACUAUUAUAAGUACUAUUUUUGUUAUAAUUCAAAAUAGAUAUUUAGUAUAAAGUUUUUGCUGUUAAAUAUUUGUUAUUUAGUAAAAUAUGAAUUUUUUCUCUAUUGUAAACAUGGUUCAAAUAUUAAUAUGUUUUUAUCACAGUUGUUUUAAUAUUGAAAAAGCACUUGUGUGUUUUGUUUUGAUAUGAAACUGGUGCCGUGUGAGUGUUUUUGCUGUCAUGUGGUUUUAAUCUGUAUAUAAUAUUCCAUGUUGCAUAUUAAAAAAUGAACGUUGUGCAUUUUGUGAUUUUGGAAAUACUCAAUGUGGCUCUUUUAUAGGCUUCCAUAAUAAACCGUGGGGACUCACCCUU